GUCAGCCCGGACGACCAGCGGCAGUCCAAGAUGGGCACGGCCAUCGACGUCAUCUGGAAGUCGUGGGACAACUUCGACGGCGGCGCCGAGGCCGCGCCCGGCGGGGGUGGUGGCGUGGACGCUGCCCUGCUAGCCAAGACGCGGCUGUCCCCCUACGCGCCCCGGUCGCCGUUCCACCCCCGGCGGCCGUCCACCACACUGUGGGACCUCAAGGACGCCCGGUCCAGCUUGACGGCGCCCCGCGCGCCGCGGAGCCCCCUGGCCAGCGGCCUGGGGGCGGCGGCGGCCGCGGCGGCCGCGGGGCUCGCGUCGGGGGCGGAGCAGGCGGAGCACACCGGCAUCAAGGUGUACAAGCGCCGCUGGCUCAUGCUGGCCAUCUUCGUCUUCCUCGGCAUCACCAACACCUUCCAGUGGGUGCAAUACUCCAUCAUCACCAACAUCGUCGAGCGCUACUACAGCGUCAGCUCCUUCUACGUCGACCUCACCAGCAUGUCCUACCUCAUCGCCUACAUGCUGUGCUUCAUCCCCGCGUCCUGGUUCCUGGACAAGCACGGCCUGCGCUGGGCGCUGAUCGUGGCGGCAGGGCUGACGUCGCUGGGCUCGUGGGUCAAGGUGGGCUCCGUGGGCCGCGACCGCUUCUGGGUGACCAUGACCGGCCAGGUGGUGGUGGCCGUCGGCCAGGUCUUCAUGCUGUUCCUGCCGCCCAGGCUGGCGUCCGUCUGGUUCGGCCCGGACCAGGUGUCGCUCGCCUGCUCGCUGGGCUUCAUCGGCAUCCUGAUCGGGAACGCGGCCGGACUGUGGAUCCCCCCGUUGCUGGUGCCCAACAGCGAGGACCUGACGCAGGUCGGCGCGGACCUGCGCUCCAUGUUCCUGGGGAUGGCGGCCUGCACCACGGCGUCGCUGGUGCUGCAGCUGGCGCUGUUCCAGGAGGAGCCCCCGCUGCCCCCCAGCCCCGCGCAGCAGCUGCAGCGUGACCGCGAGGACGACGGGCAGACGGACGAGUUCUGGACGUCGCUGCGGCGCCUGCUGGCCGACAAGCAGUUCAUGCUGCUGCUGCUGUCCUGGUCGCUCAACGUGGGGGUGUACUGCGCCAUCAACACGCUGCUCAGCCAGCUCGUGCUGCCGCACCACCCGAACAGUGAGAAGGAGAUCGGCGUCGUCGGCCUGGUGAUGAUCCUGUCCGGCAUCGUGGGCGCGCUCCUGUGCGGCGUGUUCCUCGACAGGACGCACAAGUUCAAGCCCUGCACCAUGGCGCUGUACGUCCUGUCCCUGGUCGGCUGGGCGGCCUUCACGUUCCUGCUGCCUUCCGGCAAAAUGCACUGGGUCUACCUCACCGCCGUGGUCUACGGGUUCGCGAUGACGGCCGUGCAGCCGGUGGGCCUAGAGUUCGGCGCCGAGGUGACGUUCCCCGAGCCCGAGGGCACGACGGCGGCCUUGAUGUGCAGCGUGGUGCAGCUGUCGGGCGUGGUGCUCAUCUUCGUCGGCGGCCACAUCAAGAACAGGGCCGGCGUCAUGUGGACCAUGGUGUUCCUGACGGUGCCCCUGUUCGUGUCCUGCGUCAUCCUCCUCUUCGUGAAGCCGGAGCUGAAGCGGCAGGCCGCGCAGCACGCGCCCCGCCGCCUGUCCAGGCUCAUGUCCAUCUGAAGCCAUUGCGAACCACCACGCAGCACGCACCCCGCCCCCUGUCCAGGCUCAUGUCCAUCUGAAGCCAUUGCCAACCACCACGCACCCGCGUCGAGAGAGUUGCCAACCUCAGUCUGCCCGCUUGGCGACUUAUCGAGAGCCAGGCACAGACCUGGACUCGAAGACAGCUCAGGAGGUUGGCGGCCCUUUUGACAUUCAUACAUUGAGAAAUGUUUUGCCCUCUCAAGCUGCCUACACUGGUCUGGUCUAAAGGCCUCGAGCUGAGCCCAGGAGCGCCUGUGAGAUGGUGGGUAGGCAACACGGCGAAACGCAGUGCGUGCCGUUGCCUACCUCCGAGAGUCGUUUUCGUCGCUCUGUCUCUCUCGCACCCACAGGGAACGCCCCGCCAGUGCGAGACAGGCAGAGCGACGAAAACGACUCUCGGAAUUAGUCUUGAUGUCCCAGAGCUCUGUCACCACCACCCAGAGCGAGCCGCUAUGCCAGGCUAACUUGAUGAAAAUGUGAAUUUCGCUGAUUCGCUGAACAAGACUGUUCUCACAAAACUCCCGAGUCUUUCCUGUAAGCUGCCUUUCUUUGAUAUACGCGUGCUAUUGUUUGCAUUUUCUAUUUAAAUGAUUAUGACUAUUUUUAAGACAAACUAUCCCCCGUG